AUGGAUUUUGAUGGACGUCGGGAAAGCGCUGGUUGGCGCUGGUCACUCCUCUUUUCUGUUAUAUUCCUGAACAUAUGCCUGCCAAGUCUAGUGCUUUCCUAUGGUGUUUUCUGGGUGCACCUAUCCAGUUUCGGGGUACCAUUAUGGGUCGGCCUUACGACUCCAUCUAUUUUUGUCCUAACCUAUAGUUUAUCACAAUGCUGGUUCAGAGAAGCUGCGGACUCAUGGGGUGGCUCUGUAGGAUACAGAGUGAUGGGUACUAUAGGUUUAUUCUUUGUGGUCGUCAGUCUCAUCAUUUGCGCUUUCAUACCAUACCAUGUACAGCCUUACAUCUAUGGAAUAGUAGGAGGUCUAGGAUCGUCUCUAUUGUCUGCACAAGUAGAUGCAGUUAUAUUUGAAACAUAUGAUACUCGUUUGGUGUCUGUAAGAGGAUGGUGCCUUCUUGGACAAGCAAUUGGUCUAUCAAUAUUUCCACAUUUACUAACGGAAUUAAUAGACGUUUAUGGAUAUUUUUUCGCUUAUAUUGUCUUUGCUGGCAUUAUGUUACAAUCGUUAGUCGCAAUUAUGUUGUUGAAUAUAGACGAGAGUAUGCGUAGACCUGCUUCGUUCUCAAGAUAUAAAGAUUUAUCUCAAAGUUAUAUGGUGUAUAAGAAUGAAGCGAUGGAUAAUUUUUACGGAACGGAAUUACAGUUACAUUAUUUAAAUAAAAAGUGUUGGAAAAACCCAUCUGACGAUCAAUUACAUCGGGAAGAAGAUCCCAAGUUAGAUGAUGUAAGUAUCAUAGAAACUAUCACACCUCCUCCAAGUCCAGAAGAGAAAAGAAGAAACAUAUUUGGAGUUGAAAUUUUGCCAGAAAUACCAGAAGAAAGCGAAGAAAGCGAUAGUGAAGAUCAUAACGCAGCUGCUUUUAACAAGAAUAAGAAUCGUUUAAGUGUAGCUAUUAAAAGACUGAGUACCUUGGGAGAAAACAUAGACGGAUGUAUUAUAAAUCAAGUAAGAAGGGAUUCACAAACAGAACGUGACAAUGCUGAUAUAAGUGAAUUUACAGAAUUCGAAGUAAAAUAUGAAACUAUAGCACCCAUGACCGAUAUACACACAGAGAAAAUAUUUAAUACUUUUAGCUUUAGAUGUCAAUCAGCUUACAUGAAUAUGAAAAGAAAGUUGUGGAUUCCUUCAUAUAGAAUGUACAGAAUAAGACGAAGAUUUAUUUACUUUAUGUACAGCAUCAAUGACACAUUUUUAAAGCCGCUAACAAGGUCGCUUUCUUGUGGAAAGUUUUAUCCUGCCUUGCUACUGAGUUUUUCAAGGUUAAGUUUACUUUCAAUAUCUUUAGUUUUGUUACCGAUGUUAGCCUCUGAAGUGCAUCCGAAAAUUUCGAUGCUUGAGAUGAACUUUUUGAUGUCUCUGUAUGGAUUUACUUGGAUUUGUUUUCUGUUAUGUACACCCUGGCUCGAACAGACACCAAAAAGAAAUUACAAAUAUAUUGUCGUCAUGGGCCUGGGCAUAUCAACGAUCUCAGCAUUUGUGUUAGCAGCAGAUAACAACCACGAUUCGUAUUCAAUCGGAUGCGUUAUUGCUGGUUUUGGAUUUGGAGCUGUGGCAUCAAGCUGGGAGACAGCUGUGCAAGACUUCGUCGGCGCUAGAAAGUGGCCUAAAAUUCACAGCACAUUAGAAACCCUUUCAGCUUGCUUAAUGACUGUAUUUGUUGUAGGGCUCUCUUUUAUAAUAGAAAAACCAAAUGGUCCCCAAUUCGCUAUGUUCAUAUUAGGUAUAAUAUUAGCUAUUGUGACAUUUGUUUGGUUAAUCAUAGCCGCUGUUUCAAUUUAUUUGACAAAAAUAAGAACGAUGAGACUUGGUAGGAAAUGUUUAUUUUAG